CGGCAGCGGUGCCCCCAAGAAGGCGGCGGGAGUGGCCGUCGAGGAAACGGACACGUCCGGAGAGCACAAUCCAAUGGAAAUGUAACAGAGCUGUACACUUUAAAAUCGUCCAGUAGUGACUGUAGACCUGAAACAAAUUGACAGCCAGAUGUUUCCAGAAGAGAGAGGUUUACCAGGGAUCAGUCAGCCACCAUGCAGAACCACGUGCAAGUCCACGCAGGGAUCCCUCGCCUUCAUUAACGGCGGCCACAUCAUAAACGGCGAGGACUGCAACCCCCACUCACAGCCCUGGCAGGCAGCACUGUUCCUGGAAGACGACUUUUUCUGCGGGGGCGUCCUGGUGCAUCCGCAAUGGGUGCUGUCCGCCGCACACUGCUUCCAAAGUUCCUACACCAUCGGGCUGGGUCUGCACAAUCUUGAGCCCGAACAAGAACCUGGCAGCCAGAUGAUGGAGGCCAGCCUCUCCAUUCAGCACCCAGAAUACAACGAGCCGUCUAUGGCCAACGACCUCAUGCUCAUCAAGUUGAAAGAAUCGGUGUCGCUGUCUGACACCGUCCGGAACAUCAGCGUCGUCUCCCAGUGCCCGACCCCUGGGGAUUCUUGCCUCGUUUCCGGCUGGGGUCGGCUGGCCAGUGGCAGACUGCCCCAAGUGCUGCAGUGUGUGAACAUCUCCGUGGCUUCUGAGGAGGUCUGCAAGGCGCGCUACGGCCCCGUGUACCACCCCAGCAUGUUCUGCGCUGGCGGAGGCCAGGACCAAAAGGACUCCUGCCACGGUGACUCUGGGGGCCCCCUUGUCUGCAAUGGGUCCCUGCAGGGCCUCGUGUCCUUUGGACAAGCCCAGUGUGGCCAACCCAACGUGCCAGGCGUCUACACCAACCUCUGCAAAUUCACGGACUGGAUACAGACGACCAUCCAGACUUCCGCCCCGAGCCCUGGCUCCUCCUCCACAAUGGGGCUGCUUCUCACGUCUCACCUCAUCUUCUCUUUCCUGCUGACCUGUGCAGGGGCCCAAGAUGACAGUGACAAGGCUAGGGGUGAAGAGUGUGCACCCCACUCCCAGCCAUGGCAAGUGGCUCUCUUUGAGCACGGACGCUUCAACUGUGGCGCUUCCCUCAUUUCCCCGAACUGGGUGCUGACUGCAGCUCACUGCCAAACCCGCGGCAUGAGAGUGCGCUUGGGUGAGCACAAUCUGCGAAAGCGCGAUGGCCCCGAGCAACUGCGGGCUGUUGCUCGCAUCAUCCCACAUCCUCGUUACGAAGAAAGAAGCCACCGCCACGAUGUCAUGUUGCUGCGUCUCCUCCGGCCCGUGCGCCUCUCUGCCAAGGUGCAUCCGAUCCCGCUGCCCACGCGCUGCCCCCUGCCUGGUGAGGCCUGUGUGGUGUCCGGCUGGGGCCUGGUGUCUGGCAAGGAGCCUGGGGCCACUGGGAGGCCAGAGUCACAAGUGAGCCUCCCAGAUACGCUGCAUUGUGGCAACAUCAGCGUUAUCUCGACUGCAUCUUGUAACAAGGACUAUCCAGGGUGCCUGUUGAACACCAUGGUGUGUGCGGGUGUGGAGGGCGGAGGCACCGACUCCUGUGAGGGUGACUCUGGGGGACCCCUGGUCUGUGGGGGUGUCCUGCAGGGCAUCGUGUCCUGGGGUGAUGUCCCCUGUGAUACCACCACCAAGCCUGGGGUCUAUACCAAAGUCUGCAGCUACUUGGAGUGGAUCAAGGCAACCAUGAAGAGGAACUGACAGUUUUGGCCUUCCACCUGUGUCCCAGAAGCUCCCGUGGCUGGCCAGCAGCCCCCUCUUGACCUGGUGACAGAACUGGGCCAUCCCCCCAAGGUCCAGAGGUUAGCCAAGGACUUGCUCAUCUGGGACCAGAGCUGGGGCUCCAGGUCACCUGCUGGAUACCAAAAUAACAGAAAGCACUGAUGCAAGUUUCUCUA